AUGAACUUAAAGGAAGCUCAGAAUCGGCAGAGGAGUUAUGUCGCUAAUAGGAGGAAGGAUCUCGAGUUUCAGGUUGAUGACAGAGUGUGCCUCAAGAUGGCCAUGUUGCAGGGUGGGACCGGUUGCAUGCGUCGAUGUUAUGCAUGCAUUUCACAAGGUUUUCAUUGUGUCUAUGCUGAGAAAGUGUUUCACAAGGAUGAUGAGUUGUUGGCUAAGACUCCUGCAAAUCUUCAGUCCAACAUGACUAUGGAAGCAAGACCAAUGAGGGUUCCCGAGAGGAGGAUCAAGGAAAUUCAGCAGAAGAAGAUUUCUUUGAUGAGAGUUCUGAGGGAUUGUGAUGGUGUUGAAGAACAGACUUUGGAUCCAGAGGUGAAGAUGAACACAAGGUUCAAGAAGUGGUUCGAGAAGCAGGCCGAAGCUUGA